AUGAAGGCUAAAUUGUCUAUAUGUGUUGAUCGUUACCAGAUUUGGGAUGCCAAUGGAUCCAGGGAAUUUCUUGAUGCACUUGGCUUCACUGACAGAGAACAAGGCGAUCUUGGACCUGUUUAUGGAUUCCAGUGGCGCCAUUUUGGUGCAACGUACAAGGGCCCGAACGCUAACUAUGAAGGUGAAGGAGUCGAUCCAGCUUGCUGA